UACUGAAGACCCAUACAACAAGUAGUGGACUGAAAACACGUCGCGCUUCGAGUUAUCGCGAUAUUUGCUUCCGUCAGCUGACAUGAUUGUAGUCCUCAUUCCUCCAAGUACUCAGCUCAGGGAGGAGCGCAGCAACAUAAUACGAGUUCCUGAAACAAACAUGAUAACCGCUAAACAUCGAAAGUUUAACGUGGAUAUUUGGAUGAUAAACCACUGAAAAUAUGGAGCAUAUUAUAACGCCAAAGGUGGAGUAUGUGAAACUACUGAACAGGUACUCUGAAAAGAAGUCAGCUCUGGGCACUCUCUACUUGACCGCUACUCACCUUAUCUAUGUGGAACAAACUAACAUCACACGCACAGAAACAUGGGUGCUGCAUCAUCACAUCAUGUCGAUAGAGAAGCUUCCAUUAACUGCAUCCGGUUGUCCGCUCCUGAUCCGCUGUAAAACCUUCCAGCUGCUUCAUCUGUUGUUCCAAAGAGAGAGAGAUUGUCAGGAUGUCUAUCAGUCACUUCUGCGCCUGUCUCAACCAGUCAAAGAAGAGGAGCUGUAUGCCUUUCUCUUUAAUCCACACCAAAACGAGGAGGACAGGAGACAGGGUUGGGAAUUUAUCAGUGUGGCGAACGACUUCAGCAGGAUGGGUCUCUCCAAUGAAUAUUGGGAAAUCAGCCACCUCAACAAGAAUUUUGAGAUCUGUAGCACUUAUCCAUCUAUCCUAGGACUCCCUAAAAAUGCCAGUGUUGCGGUAGUAACAGGCAGUGCCAAGUUUAGGAGCCGAGGGCGAUUGCCUGUCCUGUCUUACUAUCACAAAGAUACUAAGGCUGCGAUCUGUCGCUGCAGUCAGCCUUUGUCGGGUUUGACGUCUCGCUGUGUGGAAGACGAGCAGAUGCUUCAGGCCAUCAGCCAAGCGAACCCCAACUGCCCUUUUAUAUAUGUAGUGGACACACGGCCUAAGUUGAACGCAAUGGCCAACCGUGCAGCAGGUAAAGGCUAUGAGAAUGAGGACAACUACUCCAAUAUCAGGUUCCAGUUCCAAGGAAUCGAAAACAUCCACGUCAUGAGAAACAGCCUACAAAAAUUGCUGGAGGUGUGCUCUAUGAAGUCUCCUUCCAUGAGUGACUAUCUGACAGGUCUGGAGAACUCUGGCUGGCUGAGGCACAUCAAAUCUGUAAUGGAUGCAGGCAUGUUCCUCGCCAAGGCUGUCUGUGAAGAGAGGGCGAGCGUGUUAGUGCAUUGUUCUGAUGGUUGGGACAGAACGGCUCAGGUGUGCUCUUUGGCUUGCAUACUGCUGGACCCAUACUACAGAACUAUUAAAGGCCUCAUGGUUUUAAUAGAAAAGGAGUGGAUCUCUUUUGGUCAUAAAUUCAGUCACAGGUGUGGCCAUCUGGACACCGACCCCAAAGAAGUGUCUCCGGUCUUCACCCAGUUCCUGGAGUGCGUGUGGCAGCUGUCUGAACAAUUCCCCUGUGUGUUUGAGUUCAACGAACGUUACCUAAUAGAAAUACACAGUCAAGUCUUCGCCUGCCAGUAUGGAAACUUCAUCGGCAACUGUCAGAAAGAGAGGCUGGACAUGAGGUUGCAUGAAAAGACGUUUUCCUUGUGGCCACAUCUUCUGAAGAACCAGCAUCUGUAUCGAAACCCCUUGUACCGGCGUUCAUUAGAGAGCACAGUUCUGAGACCCAGCACUUUACCACUGCACUUCAAGUUCUGGUGUGGGAUGUAUAACCACUAUGACAGAGGCAUGCACCCAAAACAGUCUGUUCUAGACCAGCUGCUCUCCCUCACACAGAAGCAGGUGGAAGGAGAGAGAACCAUGACUGAAUUACAGCGACAGCUGGCUGUUGCAGAUGGAGUUCUCCCCGAUCCAUCCGGACCAAUCAACACACCUGCGGAACAGGACAGUCCAAGCGAGAAGACGCCCACCGCUCCUGUCCUCCAAUCAAAUGGAAGCUGCGCUCCUUCGAUUAAUGGAGAUGCAAAGGAGGCGGGCCCAGGAGCUGAGAAGUGCAAUGAGAAAGAAGGGGUGGAGCCAGGAGCCACCGAACACGAUCUAACCUCCUCUGAGGACAAACCUGUUUCUGUGGAAACAGAACAUUCCAAAGAGGAGGUACAAGAAUCCUCUUGAGUCUCCAUAGUAACAGAACGGACAUUUUGACUGAGACCCCAAAGAACAACUGUCUGGAUUAUUGGAAAAAUCCAUAAAGUACUGUUUCCACAGCUGAAGCUGCAGUAUGCCAGUUUGUGAUUGUUUAUAUUGCUGUUUAUUAGAUUUCUCGAGAACUGGCUAGAUUCUUGUGCCCUGUUAUAUCUGUUCUGAAUAUUUCUGCAAUGUUUUUUGUGGACCUCAUUGUGUUUGAUGCCCUUCAGAUCAUGAGGAUUGAAGCUACAUGCUUUGAUCGUAGGCACUUAGAAUAAUCUACAUUUCGUUUUAAAUGCCGAUCUGAUCAAAUUUGGCCUUAUUCAUUGUAUUCACUUGUGUAGUACGUUUGAAAGUACUAAAUGUGAAAUUCAUGUUGAUAAAGGGAACAUAUUGUUAAAGCAUGGAUCAAAUUGAUUAUCAGUUUUUUGCGAAAGGGCCUAGUAUUAUUUUUGUGGUCUUCCUUAUUGCAAACGCUGUUAGUUUCGCGUGAAAAGUAACACUGCUGAAGUGCUGCUGAUUGAUUGCAAUAGGAUGCCACAUUGUUUGCGCCACGCUCUAAUGCCAAACAAAUAAUUUGAUGCACAUAAAAAAUAUUCUAGGAAUAUUACUUAUGGCCUUUUAAAUUACAUAUAGUUUUGCAAAGCAAUAUUGUUUUUAAUGAUGUCUACUGGAUGUUUAUUUCUCACGGAUGUGGGAAAGUUUUGACAGCUUUGUUCUAAUAUUCAACUUCUUGAACCCUGGCUGCUAUGGAGCUCCAGACAAGUUUUUAUUAUUAUGUGAAAUGCAAAACCAAUGUUUAAAAAUGCCUCCUUUAUUGAGAAGCAUUUGUUUACAUUAUUAUUAUUUUUUUUGAUUAAAUUAGAAAAAAACAACAACUAUUGGUUAAAUGUACAGCAAUAGUCAAAAGGGAAUUUUGAAAUAAGAAAUGAGAGGGAUACCACUGAAAAUGACUGUGGUUACAUUACAUCUAUUGUUUUUAAAACUGAGAAGAGUUUUGCUCUGUGUAAUAAUUGUAUCCGCUCAUUUUAUACAUGCUUGUUUUGAUCAUUGCACUGUUUUGUACCUCUUUUGUACACCAUUUAAUUUUCUUUAAAUAAAUAUUAAUUUU